GGUCAAGCAUACAUUGCGACAGCCAUGGAACCUCCUGACCCAAGAGAUAAAUUUUAUCAGCUCUUAGAAAUUGAUAAAUCUAAAGCAGGCAAAAACCAUCAAGAAAAGAGGUAUAUUGACAAGGAAUUGUACGAUAAAACUAUUCAAGCUGUUGAAUCUCGAAAAUAUGAGCGCUGUCCGACAGGUGAUGCCCAUUUUAAAGACUGGGCUAAGGGAUUUUCAGUUAAGUCUGGAUUAGAUGGUGUCAAAGUUCUUUUGUCGAAUCCGGACAAAUUGAUAGAAAAACGAAGAAAGCAAGAGAUCCAGCGAAGAAAUAGACAAAGAAGAAGAACGGAAAGUGAACAAGAGGAAGAAGAUCUCGAUAAUGGGAGGAAGAGGCCCAAGAAGGAGACGAAGGAGCUGCCAGUUCUCAUCAAAGAAAACUAUUUUGACGAGAUUUUCAAAUGUCACCAGGAGGCCAAGCAUAGUAAAGAGGGGACAUGGAGGCUGGUGAAGGACCGUUGGUGUAUGGUGACAAAGCAGAUAAUAACCCGAUUCUGCCAGACAUGCCUGACCUGCAACAUCACCCAGAAGAAGAGGACUUUCCAGGAUCCCUCUACCUCAGACUGCUCUGCAGCAAAGAGAGCAUGUGCGCCCACUGUCGCCGAUACUGAGGCGUCAUGGUCAAGUUUCAGUUCAUCUCAGACUGAUGAAACUCUGCCGGUGAUUUCACCCGAGGUCAUUUCAGGCUGGAACCAGUACACACCAAGGACAUCUGAGGUCUUGCCAGAAUUUCUGGAAACCUUCACUGGCCAUUCUCAGAACUUACCAUCUGAUUUACAGAGAGUGGAUCUGCAGACUCUGGACUCAAUGUCAGCUACUUCAAGUUCCUUUGGACACCCAAGCUUGUCAGCUCCAUCUUUCUCAGUCAGUCCCAGUUACAGAGAUACAAGAGGCACACAGAUGCAUCAGCGGGUUUCCUGCUCAAGCGUUGAUUCAUCAGGUUCCUCAUCAUCCUUUUAUCACCAAGAAACACAUGGGUUUCUUGUCCAGAAUUCACCAAUACCCUCCUCAAUGAUUCAGACUACAGCCAAUCCGAAUCUGACACGGAGUAGAUCACAAGGAACGAAAACAUCCCAGGGACUUUCAACACAUUUUGGACAACUUGAGACAUGUGAAUCCACAGUUCGUAAUCCAGUAGAAUCCACAAAUGUAGGAUUUUCAAGUCCUCUCAUGACAGCAGUGCCAGGUCUGGGAAGGGAUGCUAAUGUCAGAUCACACGUACCCACUCUGACAUUUCCAUCUGAGGCAGAAUCCAUGGUAUUAUUAGCCUCCAGUCCAACAUUGACCGCUUCUUCAUCAAUGACUCAGAGAUGGGUAGCCAGUAUCCAGUCAGAUAUGACCGACAUGUCCACAGCUGCACUUCCUCUUCAAGGUGAAAUGAGAUCCAGAGAGUUGAUGCAACUGGUUGACAGUUCCUCCUUGUCCUCAUCCUCAUGUCAGAGACUCGAUCCACCCACUCCGCACACGAUGGGCAUGUCAACAAUGAUUCUUCCUUCUCAAGACAAAAACGCAUCUAAGGAAUUGAUUCCCACCGGCCCUGUUAUGAGAGCAACCUCUACAGAGACUCAGGGUUGGGUGGAUCCAACUCAAACACAAACUGCCCUUAUACCACAAAUACCUCAAACAGGAGCCAUGUCUCACAGACUACCCAAUGCCACCAUGCCUCAAGCCUUUACAUCAGCUCCAGGACCCGGUGUCCUUAUACCACAAAUGCCUCACACAAGAGCCAUGUCUCACAGACUACCCAAUGCCACCAUACCUCAAGCCUUUACAUCAGCUCCAGGACCCGAAGUCUAUUCACUGCAAGAGGAAGAUGGUCAGACUAUCCCCAGCGUAGGCCAGACUCUCAGUAAGUCAGCUGUGUUCAACAACUCAAGCACACCACCCUCAACAUCUUCCCAAUCUAGUUUGGGCUCAUAUCCGACUCAGACUGGGAUAGAUGUCAUCUCAAGGUCUGAGAGUCCAAAGACCCAUGAGGGUCAAGCACCAUCUUAUGGGAUGGAUCACUGGAAUUUUCCCCUCAGUUCUUAUCUGCCCCCCUUCGAAUCCCCUUCUGCAUUCGCCACCCCAUUCACUCACCAUCAGGUCCAGACAUUCCACACAUUGACUGUGCCAUCUAAUGUUAGUUCCGAUCAUGCAUAUAUUUCUAUGUUUAAUCAACCCAGACCAGGUUUGAUGUCACUUGCAUCGAGACCUGCUCAUAUGUCAGAUCAAUCCUUGUUACACUUUUACGGACAGCGUCAAAUGUCCAACAAUCCCAGACCUGGUCAGGUGUCAAAAUCUCCUAGACAAGGUCAAAUAUUCAAAUCCUCCAGAAAGGGGCAAAUUUCAAACUCACCCCAGCCCAGUCCAAUGUCACACUGCCACAGACAAGGUCAAAUAUCAGACUCUAUAGCUACUCUAAACACUCAUAAACUUCCCCUAAAGCAAAUAUUUGUCCAAAACAAGCACAUUUUCCUUCAUAUAGCCAUUCCCAGGCAUCAUCUCAGGAGACAUACAAACUCCCUGUGUUUGGCACUGAAGAAAUGUAUUUCCCAUUUCAUCCGACCAGAGAAUUUGGUCUUGGAGUCUCAGGGAUUUCAACCUUAGAUGAUGCCAACAGCCAGCAGACACCUGCGAUAGGUCGAAGAAUCCCCUCAGAACAGGAUCUCAUUACUUUAAAGGACUUAGUUCCAAGCUGCCAAAGCCAGGGCAGGUCUGCAGAAUGUGAUGUCCUCACUUCAAGGAACUUUGUUCCAAGCUGCCAAAGCCAGGGCAGGUCUGCAGAAUGUGAUGUUCUCACUUCAAGGAACUUUGUUCCAAGCUGCCAAAGCCAGGGCAGGUCUGCAGAAUGUGAUGUCCUCACUUCAAGGAACUUUGUUCCAAGCUGCCAAAGCCAGGGCAGGUAUGCAGAAUGUGAUGUCCUCACUUCAAGGAACUUUGUUCCAAGCUGCCAAAGCCAGGGCAGGUCUGCAGAAUGUGAUGUCCUCACUUCAAGGAACUUAGCUCCAAAUAACCAACGUCAGAGCAGGUCAGCAGAAAGUGAUGUUCUUGCACAAAGCAUCUCUGCAGUUGACCAUCCUGCAUUACCAAAUGUCCUUCCUAAGAAGAGCUCAGCAGAGCAUGAUGUCCCUAAAAAUUAUUGCUCUCCUCAAAGUCAUAUUCUUCCUGAGAUGACAUUAGCAGAACAGCGAACCAGGCCAGAAAGUGAUGUGUUUACCCAAAUGAGUUACACAGAGCUGACCCAGAGCAUGGAUGAGCCGGAUCUUCUACUGCAGUGGAUACUGGAACAUGCUCCUGGACUCCCUGGGGAUCAUAACACCCUUGGACUCCCUGGGGAUCAUGGCACACCUGGAUUCCCUGGGGAUCAUAAGACACCGGGUAUCCCAGGGGAUCAUAACAUCCCUGGACUCGAUGGGGAUCAUAACACCCUUGGACUCCCUGCUGAUCAUGGCACACCU